CUUAGCUUCUCUCUCUCUCAUUGUCUCGCUUACAAGAAUCCUAUAAAUGUCCAGAGGGUAUCAUUCUCAGUUCCAAUAUUAGACACCUACAUUACAGUUUCAUCAUUUCCUAAGAUCAAAACUCAGAAAGCUAGCUAGAUCAGGUUAAAGAGAUGCCUCCACACGGACCUCAUGGUGGUGGCGGUGGCGGUGGCGGUGGCGGACCUCACGGAGGUGGAGGUGGAGGAUUUGGUGGACCUGGCGGUGGUGGCGGAUUUGGUGGACCUGGCGGCCAUGGCGGUGGUGGCGGUGGGGGUUUUGGACCUUUCGGCUGCAUAGGCAACCUCUGUGGCGGUAUAGGCCGCGUUGUAUCAUCUUGUGCUUAUGUCCUGUGCUGCUGCUGUCUACUGGAGAACUGCUUUGGUAGGGGUCCGGGUGGUCCUCACGGUGGGGGUGGUGGCGGUGGCGGUCACGGCGGUGGUGGUCGCGGUGGUGGUGGUGGUCGCGGUGGUGGUGGUGGUGGUGGGCGCUUCUGAUCAUCAGCUCAUCUGCUGGUGUACGUGUACAAUUAAAUUCAUGCAUGAAUGAUGUAAUAAGUUAACUAGCUAGCAAGUGAGACAUUGGCAUUUUGCUGCAGUUUUUAGCAGCAAACUUUCAACUCCGAUGAGUCUGGCCAAAUUCGUGUGUACGUUUCAUUUUAAUUUCCAUCUAUAUCAAAAUUUGUUUCCUC